AUAAACACAUGAAAAAGGAGUGACACUUUUAUUAAAACUAACUUUGAAAGGAACACGAUGGUUUUUUGCAUAAACACAUUGUUCACAUCUUAAGCUAGAAGUUGAAAUAUUGGAAAAUAACUUAGGAAACAUAUGCUCUAAAUAAGAAAAAGAUGGAUGUCCUAGUCGACGAUGCCACAGGAUUAUUCUUUCUAUUUCUAAUGUCCCACUUUUUGUUUGAAGACCUCGAGCAGAUAUUGUUAUGCCUUGAUUGUCUUCCCAGUAAUAUAAACCAUCCCUCUCCUUACCAAUGCCAAUCGUCAUCUUCGUAAGAUUGUCCUGAAAAACACAAUGAGUAGAGUGAAAAAUGACAGAACAGUUAAGAUGCUUUGUUAUUUUACUAAUGGAGAGGAGAUUAUUUGAGAGUUUAGGUGCAAGUAAAACAGAGGACAUAGAAAACUUUGGUGAAAGAGACACAUUUCCAGCGGCUAUGAUUGGUGUAAAAUUUCCAUUAGCAACCUGUACAGACUUCACAGGUGGAGAUGUAAGAGAGUCAAUGAUAGAAGAGUUACUAGUCAUAUGAUCAGUAGCCCCUGAAUCAAUAAUCCAAGUGCUAGGAUGAGCAGAAAUAACGGACAAACCAAAAAUACCUUCUUGAGAAGAUGCCCGAGACACAUGGGAAGCAGAAGAUGGAGUAGUGUCUAUGGCAGCAACGUUUUGAGCAACAGUAUUAUGAGCAAAUUUUUUAUUUUUCCUCUCAGCUUGCUUAAGUUUAUACCAUUCUGGAUAGCCAUGCUUCUUCCAACAAACAUCAAUUGUAUGUGUAUUCUUAUUGCAGUAGGUGCAAAAUCGAGACUGAGAAGCUAUAGAAUUUCCAUUAAUGGUAAUAGGAGUGCUCUUUUGAAUAGUUAGAGCUGAAGCCUCAAAGUGUGAUUCUGCUCCCAUGGCAACUUGUCUUUGUAGUUCUCGACGAACCAUGGAGUAGACUUCUUCUAAUCUUGGUAAAGGAGAAGUACUUAGAACACGGCUGCGAACUUGAUCUAACUUAUUAUCAAGCCCAGCAAGAAAAAUAUAAACUCGAUCUUCGGCAAUACGAUUUCUAUAUUUUUCCAUAUCAGCAGCACAUGUCAUGUCAUUGGGCCGUCGAUAAUCGAGCUCCAUAAAGGUUGAGUUUAAUUCGUUGUAAUAUUCUGCUAGAGGCCGACCAUCUUGUUGUAAAUGAAAAGUCUUCUUCAUUAGCUCAUAAACUUCAGAGGAAUCUGAUACAUCAAGGUAACUUCUUUUUACAGCAUCCCAAACUUCCUUUGAUGUGCCGCAUUGUACAAAGUGAGAUAUCAGAUUAUCACUCAUUGAAUUAAUGAGCCAAGAUUUGACAAGAGAAUCUUCAGCUUCCCAUUCAUCAUAACUUGAAUCAUCUACUGCUGGUGCAGCUUUUUUUCCAUUAAUAUAGUCCAUUUUUUUCCUUCCAGCAAUAUGCAUCUCCAAAAUCUUGGACCAAACUCGAUAAUUAGUGCCAUCCAAUUUAAUGUAGAUGGAAGAAGAAGCAUCUUGUAUGGUUAGAGUGGAGAGAUUCUUGCUGUUAGGAGAUUCAACAUCAGGUUUGGUUGACAUAUUGUGAUGUGAUUAGUGUUUUAGAGAAGAAAUUUCAGUAGUGUGGGCUAUUGAAAGAAUGGCUGGAAUCUUCAGAGAAGAGGAGAGCAAGGAAAAAACCCCAAUGCUCUGAUACCAAGUUAUUAAUUAUGCUAAAAAGUCUAUUUUUCAUAUAUUUCAUUGAUCUAUUUAUACAAGUAACUAGGUUAAAUGGUCAGCCAUGUACAGCUGUAUAUAGUCUGUAAUUACAGACUAUAUACAGCUGUAUUCUUAGACUAAUUACAGCAGCUAUCUUAGACUAAUUACAUAGCUGUAUUCUUAGACUAAUUUCAGCAGCUAUCUUAGACUAAUUACAUAGUUGUAUUCUUAGACUAAUUACAGCUAAUUCCUACCAACUGGUUGAAUUUAAACGGGCUAAUAGAAUGAAUAAGGGUAAUUUAAAGAGUGAGGUGUUCCCGGCAAUUGUUGAUAAAUUUGCCAAAAAAGGAUGCCACUUUGAUCCAGUUCAAAUCAAGGCGAAGUAUUAUGCAUUACGCCAUUUGACUCAAGAAUACAAUCGCAUGCGAUUGAGGGUGACUGGGGCCGGAUGGGAUUCCCUCCUUCAGACUGUAACCAUGGACGAAAGCAAAUGGCAAGCUGUGAUUAAGGAGAAUCCAUCUUUUGAGACUUACCACAACAAAGAUUGCCAUGUCUUCUACAUAUUGUCGGAGGUGUUUGACAAAAUGGAUGCCCAAGGCCAAUAUGCUAGGGACUCAAACCAACCAUCAGUUGACAUCAAUGACGAGAUAAGAGCGAGGCAAAGUCAAGCAUAUGACAAUAUGGGUGGCCAGGGUACGGAGCACGUGGACCUGACUAAUGAUAUGACGCCUCCUAUGCAGUCAAUUGGGAAAUCGGAUGCCAAACAUUCGAAAGGCAAAGGCAAAGGGAAAAGGAAGACUCCAGAAUCUUCAUCCGCCAAAGACAGCGACCUCCCGCCCGGUCUAAGUCGCACCUCAUACAAUAAUGCACUAUCUUGGAUGGAUGUGACCUUUGCUGCCGAUCGGACCAUGUCCCAGAGCGUAGAUGCCCCAUCUCCCCCACCUGCUGCUACUCCAGCUUCUCCUCCUACGAUUUACGUGGAUGAUGACCUGUACUCUGUGGCAAAGGCAGAUGCAGCCUUAAACACAAUAGAAGGCUUGCCAGAUCGGGUAACUGUCAAAGCAGCUGUUAAGUUGGCUGAUUCCGCUGACCAUCGGAGGAUGUUUUUGAGUCAAAAGAGUGAGGCUUGGAAGCGGUUAUAUGCACUGACGAUUGGGGGAGCGAAAUAGAUGAGUAAGACCUGCAUGUGCCUAGGGGUUAAGCACCAGUUGGAAGGCUUUGUUUGCAUGUUUAAAUGACAUUUGAUUUGUGUUUGUGAUUGAUGGAUGCUGGUUUUCCUUGUUGGGAAACGAAUUUGCACUUUGGUUGUUUCAUUAUGUAGUUUGGAUCAUUUUAAGACUUACCAUAAUGUUUCUCCAUUUCAAGUAUUUGACUUUUCGAGUUGGCGAAUAAUAAAUAGGAGUUCUACUUUAA